AUAAAGCUUGAUGGCUGCUGCCUUAGUUUGAUAGCUCAUGAUUGAUCAAAUUCUUUGCUUUUCUUGAUAUCUAGAUGAAACCCACCGAGCUUGAAGCUCUAAGUGUUUUAUUUUCAUUUCUUGAUUCCCAGCGUUUGGAAGUAGUUUGUGUUUAGAUUUGUAGUUAAAAACAGUAGAAAAAAGAUGAGAGCUGGAGUUUGCACUGUGCAGCAAGCUUUAACAGUUGAGGCUGCGAGCAUGGUGAAGCAAGCAAUCGGCCUCGCUCGACGGCGAGGCCAUGCGCAAGUUACUCCACUUCACGUCGCGGGCGCUAUGCUCGCGACGUCCACCGGUCUUCUUCGAAGAGCUUGUCUUCAAUCUCAUUCCCAUCCACUUCAGUUUAGAGCUUUAGAGCUUUGCUUCAAUGUCUCGCUCAAUCGUCUCCCUGCAUCCACUUCUAGUCCUUUAUUAGGCCCUCAUCACCAUCAUCCUUCCCUCUCCAAUGCCUUGGCGGCCGCGUUUAAACGCGCCCAGGCUCACCAACGCCGAGGCUCCAUCGAGAACCAACAGCAACCGAUCUUAGCUGUCAAAAUAGAGUUAGAACAUCUCAUAAUCUCCAUCUUGGAUGAUCCGAGUGUUAGUAGGGUUAUGAGGGAAGCCGGUUUCUCUAGCACCCAAGUUAAAAUCAAAGUAGAACAAACAGUUUCUUUGGAGAUCUCUUCCCAAACUCCCUCCACAAAGGAAAACAACCCCAUCCCACAACCUCUCGGUUCUAACCCGAACGCUCAGACUCAGUUCGAGUUCGGGUUUUCAUCGAGCAAACUGCUAGACCAAGUUAGGAACGACCGAGAUGUGACCAAUGUUUUGAGCACGAUGAUGAAUAGGAAGGGAAACACCGUCAUCAUAGGAGAGUCAGUCGAAAUUGCUGAGAGUGUUGUUAGAGGAGUGAUGGAUAAGUUGGAGAAAAUGCAAGUCUCCGGGGAUUUAAGAUACCUUCAGUUAAUCAGUUUUCCACUGUUUUCACUCAAAAAUCUCGGUAAAGAUGAAAUGGAGCAGAAGCUUGUAGAGCUUAAAUGCCUUUUAAAAAGUUAUAUGGGAAGAGGGGUUGUCUUGUACUUAGGUGAUCUCAAAUGGAUUUCAGAGUUUUGGUCAAACUAUGGUGAUCAAGGAAGGAACUACUAUUGCCCGGUGGAGCAUAUAGUUAUGGAACUCAAAAGAUUAGUGAGUGGGAAAUUGUUUCUCAUGGGAAUUGCAACUUUGAAAACUUACAUGAAGUGUAAAUUAGGCCAUCCUUCUCUUGAAUCAAUUUGGGAGCUUUAUCCUCUUUCAGUUUCAGCUGACAGCUUAAGCCUCAGUCUUAAUCUUGAAAGCUGCGAUUCUCAGCCUCAGUAUAGAGCAAAGGAAUCUAUAGAUUCCAUUACUAGGCCAGUGGCUGAAGCUGAAGUAAAUAAGAAUCAAAGUUCCUUCACUGGUAGAUUGUUCAACUUUGACAAUGUCGUCUCUUCCAGUUCAAGUUUGCCUUCAUGGCUGCAAAGCUACAAGGAAGAAACCAGAACAAAUCUUUCCCAUGAUACUAAGGAAGCUCUUAAUCUAAGCUGGCCAGUCAUUUUUGAAUCCAAGAAGUCACCUAAAGAGAUCCAGUUUUGGAUAUCUGAAAAUGACCCCAAGCCGGAACUCCUCUCGAAUCCGAACUCUAGCCCGAAUCCGAACUCUAGCCCGAAUUCGGCUUCUUCGAGUGAGGCGAUUGAGGAGGAUAUCAGCGGAUUUAACGCGUUCAGGUCUCUUAAUGCUGAAAACAUGAAUAUUUUAUGCAAUGCUUUGGAGAAACAGGUUCCAUGGCAGAAGAAUGUGAUUCCUGAAAUCGUUAGCACCAUCCUAGAAUGCAGGUCGGGGAUGAGAGAAGGCAAAAGCUGGUUAAACCAAAGAGAGCUCAAAGAAGAAACUUGGCUAUUCUUCUUAGGAUCCGACAAUGAAGCCAAGCAGAAGAUUGGUAGGGAGUUAGCUAGACUCGUGUUCGGUUCCCAAACCAGCUUUGCCUCCAUAAGCCCGAGCGAUUUUGGAUCGAAAAGGGCCGAUUCGAACCAAGAUAACAAGAGGAAGAGAUCAGAUGAGUCAGGCAACGGUGAUCAUGUUCUUCAUAGAUUCGGCGAGGCGUUGAACGAGAACCCUCACAGGGUUUUCUUCGUGGAAGACAUGGAGCACGUUGAUUACGGCUGUCUGAAAAGGAUCAAGCAAGCAAUUGAAACCGGAAAUGUGACUGUUCCUGAUGGUGUUACGGUUCCUGUAAUGGAUGCCAUUGUCAUUUUCAGCUGCAAAAGCUUCAGUUCGACGUCGAGAGCUUGUUCUUCGAGGAGAAGGCCGAAAUGUAGUGACACAGAAGAGAUGAAAGAAUCAGAAACAGAGCAAGAUAAAAACCAAUCUGUUUCUCUGGAUUUAAACAUUGCCAUUGGAGAUAACAGUGAGGGAAGUGACCAUGAAAUUGGGAUACUGAAAUGUGUUGAUAACCAAAUUGUUUUUAAAGAAGAGUAACAGCCGGGGAAGAAGAUGGUGAUGAAGGAGGCAAUUAUUUCUCUCUUUUUUUUUUUUUUUUUUACUUUGAUUUUCGUUUCACUUACGUUGUGUGUGGUAUAUCUCUUUGGAGGGACGGAAAGAAAGAAUGAAACUAACAGUGAAAUUGU